AUGGCUACCACUCUCCAACCCUCCUUUGGCCUACAACAGCCUGAAGAUUCUAUGGAGAUCUCAUCCGAGUAUGGCAACAUGGACGCCGACAUCGACAUCGAUCUCGACGCCCCCGACGCCCCAGACACCAACAUGCAAUCAUUCCAAGUAGACGAUCACCAAAUGCAAGAAGAUCCCACAUCCGACCGCCUAGAUGACGAUCUCAUGAUCGAUGACUCUCACCUUGACGAUACCGACCGUAUGAUGCAAGACGAUGCUCCGCCCCAAGAGCAAGACGAGGAGCUGUUAGACUUUAGUGAAGACGAAGAAGAUGUACCCAUGAACCCUGCAGAACCCAGUCAGCCCGACAUUCUCCUCGUCACCGAACCUGAAGCGCCUGCACAGCAACUUAUGACUGCUGAAGAACCUGUUGAACUUGUUCAGUCUGAAGUCGCAUCCGAGCUUUUGGCUGAAGGUGUUCAGCCCAUCAACACCGAGGCUGCCCCAUCAAAAGAGGUUACACAGAACUCUGCGCCUGACCAAACCGUGACCAACGACCAACGAGACCCUGUCGCUCAAGAACCUCUUGAGCAAGCUGCUCAAUCAGAGCCUCAGCCUGUGGCCCAGGAAGAGCCUGAGACACAUGCUCAAGAGUCUGUCAUCGAAUCUACCGAGAAUUCCAACGCAGCCAACGAAGGCUUGGAAGAGAGCGCCCAUGCCGCUCAGCAAGAGCCAACACAAGACCAGCAACCAGAACAAGGUAAUGAUGAUGUCCAGACUGGCGUUGCCCGAGAUGACGAUGAGAAACCUGCCAAACGCACUUUGACCCGUCAAGAGACCGACCUCUCAAACUACACCGUUCCUGAUGAUUACUCUCGUGAGAGGCAAGUCAACUCGCCUACUGUGACUGGUCUCCAUCCCACCAUAGUUGAGUAUCAAGAGAACGAGGUUUACCUGUUCCCUUCGAGAGACCCUGCUGUGCCUGAGCAGUAUCUACUGCAAAACGAAAAUCUUGUGACUACCAGUCUUGGUGAUUUGCUCCAAGCUUGCCGCACUGCUCUCGGUGAUGGCAUUAGUGAAGACGAAGAGCUGGUUCUGGGUGUGGAGGAGUUGGACCUUUACGUGAGCGAAGACUCGACACCCGCAUUCUCAACCAGCUUUUCUGAGCUACUAGACAUGUACCUGCAGCUGCACAAGCUUGAUGGCAAUGAUAGCCCGCCACCAUUCCGUGUGUCCCUUACUACCAAAACUAGAUUCAGUAUCCGCUUGGCUUCGAUCACUCAAGCCAUUUCUGAAGGAAAAGGCUUCUCACAGCUUUCCUUCCUGCAAUACUACGAAUAUGACGAGCCCACCGAGUUGCCCGAUGAGGACUUCGACGAUGAAUUUGACGAGUCUGCCAAGCCUGAUGAAGAGCCGCAACUAAUCGAAGAAGGUGCUCCUACCGUUGAAAGCGCACAGAAUGUUGCCGAGGAAGAGCACCUCACCGAGAACGCCUCUGCUUCUCAGCUUGAUCAGCAACAAGUCAAGCAAGAUGGCCCUGCUCAAGAGGGUGAGUAUGAAGGCGAAACAUCGGUCCAGCAUGACGUGGAUGACGAUACUGCCGAUCAUUCCGAGUUCAACCAGGAUGACACUCAGUACUUUGAUGCCCAAGGAGGCGAGUCUGAGCUGUUGGAUGAAACCCAUGGUGAUGAAGAAGACGCUGCACCUGUUGAACCCCACCCAGUCACUGCUGAUGCGGAGACUGCCGUCGGCGAUGAAACAGUUCACGAGGACCAUAAUGCCGAUGGAACUGUUCGCGACGAAAACGCUUCCGAACAUGAUGAGCAAGAAGAGCAUGCCGAAGAACAGCAAGAUCAUGAGACUCAAGGCGAAGAGCAUGUGUUCGGUCAAGGCGAGUUCUUUGACGAGAACUACGAGUAUCAAGACGGUGAGGUACAUGAAGAAGAAGGUGUCUUUGCCGCUGAAGAAGAUACGGUCGACAAUGACAGCCACUAUCAUCAGGGAGAGCAAGAAGAUGAAGCCUCCGCUGCUGAAGAACACAAUGACAACGUUGUGACUUCGUCCGGUGAGACUUCGCAUGUCGAUGAGCUUGAGACCGGCCAUGACGAUGAACAAGACACGCGACCAGAACACAGCACUCCUGAUCAGGCCGUCGACGAUGGCGUCGUAAAUGCUGAACAUGGCAGUGCUGUAGUUGAUGAUGCCGUCAGCAAGGACAGCACUAAGCGUCAAUCACUCGCAGUUGAGGACGAUGACUACGACGAGAUCAACUUCGAUGACGAAGAUAGCUACGAUGAUGAUGGCGCCGGACUUGCGCCGGUACUUACAAACACGUCAAGCAAGGCAUCUCCUGGAGCAAAACGUUCAUUCUCCGAGCUCGAUCAAGUGGACGACGAGCAAGACAGCAAGAAGGCUCGUGCCUCAUGA